AUGAAGACCUGGAGUGGUCGGGGUCCUAAUAAGCCAGGAGGAACUUCGAUGCACUCCUAUUCUGGUUGGAAGUGGACAUUAAAAGAAGAGUUUGAGCGAAGGGCCGAGGAUAAGACUAGCUACUUUCGAAAAGUGUCCCUACUGCCGGGUAUCUUUCCCCGAUGGAAGAGUGAAAGGGUCACCACGCCUUAUGACGAAAAGGGGAUCUCCCCCACCCUCGUCAAGUGCUACCUCAAAGCAGGUUUCAAUUCCACCGCUUCCUUAAUAGUGAUUAUAGACCCGAAAGGGCUUGUAGAAGUUCGUGAAGAGGGCUGGACGAGUGGAAUGAGGAAUGGAAUGACUUUUGACUAA